AUGCACAGAUGCACAGAGAGGGUGAGGUUUGCCUCACAUUUGUUGGAGGGUCCUGCUGCAGCUUGGUGGGACAACUACUUGGUCACUUAUCCCAUUGCUACUAUCACAUGGCCUCAGUUUCAGGAUGCUUUUCGUGCUGCACAUGUGUCUGCUGGUGCUAUGAGUCUGAAAAAGAAGGAGUUCCGCAGUUUGCGCCAGGGAGGUUGCAGAGUUAAUGCGUAUGUGGAGGAAUUUAAUAAUCUUGCACGUUAUGCUCCUAAUGAUGUUAACACUGAUGCAGCUAGGCAGGAGAAAUUCUUGGAGGGCCUUAAUGAUGAUUUGAGCCUUCAGUUGACAGUGGCCACUUUUAGGAAUUGUCAGGACCUGAUUGAUAAGGCUAUUGUGCUGGAGGGAAAGCAACAGGCCAUAGAGAAUCGCAAGAGGAAGUACAACAACAAUAACAGGUAUAAUUUAGGACCACAACAGAAGCCACGCACUUCAUAUCAUGGUAAUGGAGGUAAUGGGCAUCAUAAUCAUCAUGGAGGUAAUGAUCAUAAUCAUCAUGGAGGGAAUGGCCACAACCAUAAUGGCCACCAUCAUCAUAAUGGGCACAAGAGUAACAAUGGCAAUGGCAGAGGUAAUGGUAAUGGUAAUGAUUGCCCAGGGGCGAAGAACUCAGGAUCCAGCAAGCCAAACCCCUUCCAAAAGGGUCAUGUAAAUCAUGUUAAUGUGGAGGAGGUUUACAAUGAACCUGAUGCAGUGAUUGGAGGGAAGAGGAUCAAAUAUGUGUGUAAGUAUAAGCGUAAUCAGGUGCAGGUGAACUCUCUUAAGGGGGGUAGCCUGGAAGAGGUGCCAGUUGUGAGAGAUUAUCCAGAUGUGUUUCCAGAGGAGUUGCUAGGCAUGCCACCAGAUAGAGAUAUUGAGUUUCUUAUUGAUUUAAUACCAGGCACUGGACCUAUUGCAAAGAGACCGUGUAGAAUGCCUCCUCAAGAGUUGGAGGAAUUGAAGAAGCAGAUAAGAGAAUUGCAGGCACAAGGAUUUAUUCGCCCAAGUUCAUCACCUUGGGGAGCUCCAGUUCUGUUUGUGGAGAAGAAGGAUGGGACCUUGAGGAUGUGUGUUCAUUAUCGUUCUCUGAAUGAGAUUCGUGAGCAAGAUAUUCCAAAGACUGCUUUUACUAUGAGGUAUGGGUUGUAUGAAUAUACUGUUAUGUCAUUUGGAUUGACUAAUGCUCCCGCAUACUUCAUGAAUAUGAUGAACAAGAAUAAGCAAGAGCACGAGGUGCAUCUGCGUUUGGUAUUGGAGAAAUUGAGGGAACAUCAGCUGUACGCCAAGUUUAGCAAAUGUGGGUUUUGGCUGGAUGAGGUAGCAUUCCUUGGACAUGUUGUGUCAGGUAAUGGAGUUGCAGUUGAUCCAUCUAAGGUUGCUGCAGUUACAGAGUGGGAGACACCCACGACAGUUGGAGAGAUUCGCAGCUUUUUGGGCCUUGCAGGUUACUACAGGAGGUUUAUUGAGAACUUUUCUAAGAUUGCAAAGCCUAUGACUGAAUUUCUGAAGAAAGAGAAGAAAUUUGUUUGGACUGAUGAAUGUGAAGCCAGUUUUCAGGAGUUGAAGCAGCGUUUGGUUACAGCACCAGUCUUAACUCUGCCGGAUAUACAUAAGGACUUCCAGUAUCAUCCUGGUAAGGCUAAUGUUGUUGCUGAUGCAUUGAGUCGUAGGAGCCAUGCUAAUGCAAUAAAUAUUGAUGAUAUGCCACCGGAGUUAUGUGAGCAGUUCAGGAAUCUCAGGUUGGAGAUGGUUCCUAAGGGAUAUUUAGCAACACUUGAGGUAAGGCAGAAGGUUUCCAUGAGGAUGAACAUGGAGCCAUAUGGUUUGAGAAGCGUAUUUGUGUACCUCGAGAGAUGCAGAUAUCAGGAAGUUGAUUCUUCAGGAGGCGCAUGA